AUGACUGCUCCCAUAACCUCCUCUCCUACUCCUCACUAUAACCUUCGCACUAGGAGCAAGGCUUCAGGACAACUGAGACGCGCCAGCAGUGAGUCGUCACUUUCCAACUUACCUGAUAGUCCCCCAGGCCUGUCCCCUCGCCUGAGCCCUGGUGGCCAGGCUGGCUCUGCUCCUCGACGACCUUCCCGUUCCUAUAGCGAUGUGGUAAGGACAGGAGAUCCUUUGCCCGACCUAAAAACUCGGCGCAGAGAGGCUGAAGUAAAUAGCUUAAAAUUACGCACCGGAACGAGAACUGGGGCUCCCAGGACUCAGACCGAGGUUCCGCCUGUAGCGCGACCCAGUGGGGUUACUACACUAGAUACCCAACAAGAUACACUGGUUCAGCAAGCUGAGAAGCUUCUGAGUGAUGACCAGUUGAAAACAAUCCUGAAAAGACGUGAGAUUGAGCGAGCUGCGAGACAAAGCGAAACCGCUACUAACCUCGAGUCCCAAGAAGGGACCAAGGGAAAGGGCACCGACCCCGCAAACUGGGGAGGCCUUGAUAUUGAGGAAACCGAGCUUGAGCCUGAAGCUCAAAGGGAGGCCCUGCGCGCCUGGAACAAAGCCCAUGAAUGGGCCAGUCUGAGUCACCAGGAAGUACCUGGUCCGUCUGGAACGAAGAGAAAUCAGGUGCAGGAAACCAGUGACCAAGAGGACACUCAUCAAGAAGAAGAGUCUCGGACUCGAACCUCUCGUCGACGAUCAAAGAUCCGUUACCGAAAGGAACGCCAAAAACAGAGGCGGCACGAUAAACGGGAGAUAUACCCCAGUAGUGGAGGGGACCCCCGAGUAAUGGGAUAUCGAGACCCGAUAGUGGGGCUCAUGGAAAGGGCCUUGAAGCCAAUGGAGGACCCUCGACGACCUGGGAGUAUUUACCACACCUUCGCUCCCGCCAACCAGGUGGGAUCGACAAGCUACAUUGGGCGCGCCCUUGGCCAGAUGACCAGUCAACGUCAGCCCGACCCUCCCUCAGACUCGAGCGACAGCUCGUCGAGUGACUCAGAUAGUGACCAGAGCAGCCUCUCGAGUGAAACCAGCUCAGUGUCAUCCUUGGGACAGAGUCGCGGACGAGGCCAUCGUGGCCGAAAGCGAAAAAACUGUAAGAGUAAAAGGAAACGUAGCCCUCGGAGGCCGAUUCUCAAACCCACUGAGCCACAAGUCUAUGACGGCCGGCCUGACUCUCAGGAGUUCCAUCAGUUCAUGGUUGCAUCUUCAACUUACCUGAAGGAGGGACGAGUCCCACGGAAAGGGCGAGUUUAUCGACUGUCGUCAUUUCUAAGGGGAACUGCGUAUGACUUCUUCCUCUAUAAAGUAUCGCCUGAUCCUUCCAGUUGGGACCUGAAGGAUUUCUUCAUCGGGUUGUUCAAUCAUUGUUUCCCUGUAGAUUACAGAAUGAAGCAACGUGAUAAACUAAAACGAUGCUUUCAGGACCAUAAAUCUGUACGAGAAUAUUUAUAUGAGCUUACUGAACUUUGGAACAUUAUCGGCGAUGUUGACGAGAGACAGAGAGUGAUUCGGUUCUGGACUGGACUGAACACAGAGCUGCAACAAGGACUAUGGCUUAAGGAGCUUAACCCCGAGAUUUCGCGGUUCGAGGAAGUGCAAUCCGCCGCUGAAGUGCUAGAACUCGCACGAUCCGCUGGGCUGAGAGGCCGAUCCUCUCAGAUGAAAGUGCAGUCGUCUCAUGAUAACAGGAACCCUACGGCCUACUCCAAGCAUGAAGUUAGUAAUAAACGAGCUAAUCAAGGAGACACCAGACGACCUCCCUUAGACAAAGCCAGGGGGCCGGCCUUUGGAGGAAACAGGACACACCCGCAGACCAAGAGUCGUCCUCUGGAAGCGAGGAGGGAGGCCCGAGAGAAGAAGGCGCCUGUCUUGAGUACUGAGGAACGAGAAAAACACGUGGCCGAAGGACGGUGUUUUAUCUGUCAUGAGCUAGGACAUUUUAGUAGAAACUGUCCUCAUCGUAAUGCUGUCUCGUCCCAGAGGAAAGACAGACCUCCCGGCAUCCCCAACUUUGCUAUGGGAAUAGACUGA